ACUUGCCGAGUGAUGAUGAGUGCGCUGGUUGUGCUAUUGUGCCUCACGUUGGUGUCCUGCUCAACGGAGAGCGAGCCGCAGAACGAAUCGGAGCCUUUCCAGGAGAUCAAAACCACACUGAUGCUACAGGUACUGAGGCGUCUGGACGAGAUUGAUCACCGAAUAAGUCACCUGGAGCGCAGGAUACAACAGAACCACCUUGUGGCGACCGCGACGAUCAGCAAAACAUUAGAAGGGAUCGGCGAUAAGCUCGAGAGCAUCAACAAAACAUUGCGUCAGAAUGUGGGCACUUAUUACGGUUCCUGCCAGGAGGCGCCGGCCAUGGUGAGCGACGUGUACACGAUCCGGCCACCGGCUUCGAGUCUGGCACCGUUCCAGGUUUACUGCGAGCAGAGCUACCGCCAGGGAGGCUGGAUUGUGCUACUCCGACGGUUCGAUGGGUCCCUGAACUUCACCCGCAGCUGGACCGACUAUCGCGACGGGUUCGGUUCGGUUGAGGGAGAGCACUGGCUGGGACUAGAGCGUAUCCACCGGAUCACCUCGUCGGACUACUAUCAACUCCUGGUGUACAUGAAGGACUUCGAAGGAACGGUCAAAACGGCACUCUACGAUGAGUUCGAGAUCGGCAAUGAGGCCACCGGCUACCGGUUACACCUCGGGGCGUACGUGGAAGGAGCCGCAAACGAUUCGCUACGAGCCAGCGUCGGGUCCAAGUUUUCAACCAUCGAUCGCGAUAACGAUCAGCAUCCCGGAUCAUGUGCGGCGUUUUACGCGAGCGGUUGGUGGUACUGCAACUGUAUGAACGCCAAUUUGAAUGGACUCUAUCGAGAGAACGACCCAAACAAUGCGACUAUGAACUGGUACGGCUUUCACAACGAUCUUCAAGGACUGAAGCAGGCAACGAUGAUGAUAAGAGCAGUGUCCUCGAGGUAGUUUAGUCAC